AGUGCGGCUAUAGGGAAGUUUUUCUGGGGAGUUUUUCGCGAAGAAGUGAUUGUUUUUGCGGAAGAUCAAGCAAAGAAGAAGGAGGUCGCGGCGAUGGCUUUGCGCGUAGCACUUGGCAAGAGUGUCCAGCGAGGAGCACCAGCAACGAGAGCUUUCCAAUGGCGAUUUUUUUCGGCAAAUCCGGAAACCAAUCAGCCCGACACCGACCAUGAGCACGGCAAGAUGAUGAGCGAGGGCGGCGGCAGCGUCUCGUCCUUCACCGAGGCCAAGGAGGACGUGAAAUCCAAGUCUGGCGGGAUGGUGGAGGGGAUCAAGCACCAGGUGGAGGUGGAGAAGAAGAACGCGAGGGAGAUGAUGGACGAGAUGAAGGAGAUGCCGAAAAAGGCCGGGGAGACGACCGAGCAGCUCAAGGAGACGGUGGUGAUCGCGGGUCAGGCGCUCAAGAGAGACGCCGAGAGGAUCGCCGAGAAGGUUGGAGUCCGGGAGAGAAAACCCGGAGAUCUGGAGAACGAGUAGAAAAAGAGUUUUUGUGUGAGUAAGAAUUGGCUGUAGCAUCACCCAUAGAAAUUUCUGCUUUCACACAAAAUCCAUUCACAGGCUCAAGAACCCUAAACCGCUAUAGAAAAAGUAUACUUUUUGAA